AUGGUGGCCGCGCUGUCAUGCAUGGCGGCCUCGGCCCUGUUUGCGCCGUCGCGAGUCGGUAAACUCACGAUGGUGUCGCCCUUCGAGUCUGACAACGUGCACAUUCCAGAGCUGAUCGCCACGGCGGCGCGCAUCUCGCGGCGAGGCUUUGGCAUCCUCGCAGCCGACGAGUCGGUGCCGACCGCAGGCAAGCGGCUGAAGACCGUCGGCGUCGAGAACACCGCUGAGAAUCGACGCGCGUUUCGCGAGCUCCUAUUCACGGCGGAGGGGCUCGAAGACUACAUCUCGGGCGUGAUCCUCUUUGACGAGACCAUGUACCAGCGCACCACCGGCGGUGGCAUCCUUACUCGGCAGAGAGAAGUGAUAGGCGUGCCUUCCGACCGCGCCAUCCGCGAGAAUGCGCAGUCGCUCGCGAGGUACGUGCCCAUCUGGUGCCUUCCAGGACAUGUCCAGGACAUGUCCGGGACAUGUGCCUACAACAGGUACGCCUCCAUCUGCCAGGAGCACGGGCUGGCGAUGCUCCUCAAGCCCUCGAUGGUUCUGCCCGGCCUCGACGCCCCGCUCGGCGAGUCUGCGCGCGAGAGCGUCGCCACUCACACCGCAAAGGUGCUCAAGCGGACCGUCCCUCCCGCGGUGCCGGGGGUGCACUUCCUCUCGGGCGGCAUGGGCGCCGAGGAGGCGACGCAGAACCUGCAGCAGCUGCAGCACGAGUACCCCGACGCACCGUGGUCGCUCUCCUUCUCGUACGGGCGCGCGCUGCAGGACGCCGUGCUCAAGGCGUGGUCGGGCCUGGAGGAGAACGUGCCGGCGGCGCAGGCGCGGCGCGGCGCGCCGGGAGGUCCGCACAAACUUGUCUCAGCGCGCCUCUCCACCGACCAGGCGCUUCUGCUCGAGCUCGCGCGCGUCAACGCACAGGCGCAGCUGGGGGAGUGGGACGAGGUGCACCCCACCCCCUCCUCGGGCGGGCUCUCGGCGGGCCGCAUCCUCUUGCCGAAGCUUUCCUACUCAUCUGAGCGGCCCAAGACGCGCGCAGCCGACCUCUUCAACUGGUGACUGUCGAGUGGUGACUGACAGCAGGGGUCAGCUCUGAGCAUCCGCGGAGAUAUCAUAAAAAAGAAAAU